GCAUGAUUUUUUUAUGCUGCCUACAGACAAAGACAGUAUCAUUGUGGUUUUAUUUAAUAUGAAUGAAAAAAUCAUAUGAAUUCAUGAGGAUCCGUUUAAAAUCAUCUGGAUCCGCCUUUUAACCAGUCCCGCCAAUGGCGUUCAACUUUUGAUCACAUCCUGUCCUAGCCGGAAGAGGCUACUGCAGAGUAGCAGCUCAGGCAACAGAAUUUGAGAUUCUUUUCAGUAAACCCGGCAGCUUGAGCAAGCCUAGACGUACACGCAGCGGCAGCUGAGGGGACGUUGGCGGAAGCGAGCAGCCAGUCAGCCGGGGAGGAGGACCAGAGAAGGCAGAGCCGGGACGCGGCCGGCCGCUCAGCUGGCGGGACCGGGCACCGGUACGGAAUAGGACGGAGCGGGCUGAUACUGCCUGUCCCGGCGUCGUCGCUGCCUGCCGUAGGGGUCGUCCGAACCAUGCCGAUCCUCCUCUUUCUCAUAGACACGUCCGCCUCCAUGAACCAGAGGACGUAUCUGGGCACCAGCUACCUGGAUAUCGCUAAGGGCGCAGUCGAGGUUUUCAUGAAGGUUCGGGCCCGCGACCCGGCUAGCCGCAGCGACAGGUACAUGCUGGUCACCUUCGACGAACCGCAUUAUUGCAUCAAGGCUGGAUGGAAGGAGAACCAUGCCACUUUCAUGAAUGAACUGAAAAAUCUACAAGCGGCAGGAUUAACCACCCUUGGACAGGCUCUUCGAUCAUCAUUUGAUUUGCUAAACCUCAACAGAUUAGUGUCUGGAAUAGACAACUAUGGACAGGGAAGGAACCCUUUCUAUUUAGAACCAUCAGUUUUAAUUACAAUCACAGAUGGAAGCAAAUUGACAAAUACUACAGGUGUGCAGGAGGAGCUUCAUCUUCCUUUGACUUCUCCCCUGCCUGGAAGUGAGUUAACCAAAGAACCAUUUCGCUGGGAUCAGAGGCUGUUUGCCCUUGUGCUGCGCUUGCCUGGAGCGUCUUCAGUGGAACAGGAACAGCUAGGAAGUGUCCCUACAUAUGAGUCUGCUAUUACACAGAUGUGUGAAGUCACAGGAGGACGCUCAUAUUGUGUCCGGACACAAAGAAUGUUGAAUCAGUGUUUAGAAUCCCUAGCUCAGAAAGUUCAGAGUGGUGUUGUCAUCAACUUUGAGAAAUCAGGACCAGACCCACCACAAAUUGGGGAAGAUGGAGUUGUUGAUGUCACAAGACCCAUCACUUCUUUUGCUUCUCAGCCAUGGCACAGCUGUCAUAAACUCAUCUAUGUGAGGCCUAAUCCUAAAACAGGAGUUCCUGUUGGCCAUUGGCCAAUUCCAGAAUCCUUUUGGCCUGAUCAAAAUUCACCAACACUGCCUCCCCGCACAGCCCAUCCAGUGGUGAGGUUCUCCUGCAUGGAUUGUGAGCCUAUGGUAAUCGAUAAGCUUCCAUUUGACAAGUAUGAGCUUGAACCAUCACCCUUAACGCAGUACAUCUUGGAGCGGAAAUUACCUCAUUCCUGCUGGCAGGUAUUUGUGAGCAGCAGUGGGAAGUACAGUGAACUGAGCCAUCCAUUUGGGUAUUUGAAGGCCAGCACCACUCUAACAUGUGUCAAUCUCUUUGUGAUGCCUUACAACUACCCUGUCCUCCUCCCUCUGCUAGAUGAUUUAUUUAAGGUUCACAAACUUAAGCCAAAUUUGAAGUGGCGGCAAUCUUUGGAUAACUACUUAAAAACCAUGCCUCCCUACUACUUGAUGCCAUUAAAGAAAGCACUAAGGAUGAUGGGAGCUCCAAAUCUGAUACCAGAAAAUUUAGAUUGUGGACUUAGUUACAGUGUUAUCGCUUACCUUAAAAAACUCAGCCAACAGACGAAAAUAGAGUCGGAGCGGAUAAUAGGGUCAGUGGGCAAGAAAGCACCACAAGAGAUAGGCAUUAAAGUGAAAAAUCACUUCAGUGGCCUCUCCCUGAUCCAGAAGAGGGAUUUGAAACAGCUCCUUCCCGGGAUCUCAGGUGAAUCUCCGCUUAGGCUUCCUGAAACGAACGUUAAGGAAUUUGCUGGCUUCCACAUAGGGCUCUUAAACAAGGAUCUAAAGCCACAGGCAUACAGGAAUGCUUAUGAUAUUCCUCGCUGCAGCCUUUUAGACCAGCUGACCCGAAUGAGGACUAACCUGCUGAAAACACACAAAGUUAUCCUGGGCCAGGAUGAAGACUGCAUUCAUAGUGUUCCAGUGGCUCAGAUGGGGAACUACCAGGAAUAUCUAAAGAGAAUGCCUUCUCUACUUCGGGAAAUUGACCCAGACCAACCCAAAAGACUUCAUACUUUUGGUAACCCUUUCAAGCAGGAUAAGAAGGGCAUGAUGAUUGAUGAAGCAGAUGAGUUUGUCACCGGUCCUCAGAACAAAAUCAAGCGUCCAGGAGAGACCAACACCCCUGCCUGUCUGAAAAGAAGGCACAGUAUGUCUCCACUGUUAAGGAAGUCCCAGUCCUCACCAAUGAUAGUCAAUCAUGUCAGUGUGAAGGGGGCCUCCUCUGCUACAGGGUCCCCAACCAACGCCACCCUCAAAGCUAUGCCAGCCUACAAAGAUGCAAAAAGCAAUGUAGUACAGGAUGGCAAUGGUGAGAAGAAAGUAGAGAACUUCCAGUCCCUGGACAAGCACGGGGAUGGGCUGACUAUGCACCUGAUUGCCCCGCUCCCAGCAGCCCUGACAGAUGAUGACCUGCCAAACAAUGUGGACUCUUUGCCCAGUGAACUGAAUUGCAUUGAGGAGGAUAGAUUGGACCAUAGGCCUGUUACCAACUCCCUUGUUUGCAGACCUGUAAAUUACAGUAUGUCUUCAGAGGAACAAAAACUAUUGGUGAAGUCUGUACCUGGAACCGUGAAAAUAAUGCCCAGUAUGUUUGAAGGGAACAAUGAAGUUCUCAGAAUCAAAGUUAUGAAGGAGGUUCGCAAGCCUGGGAGAGAUUACAAAAGAAUUUUCUCUCUCCUUGAAGAAGUUCAAGGCCCUGUGGAAAUUCAAAAAUAUUUCAUUGAAUUUGCUAUCAAGGAAGCAGCAAGGUUUAAAAAGCGGGUGUUAAUUCAACACUUAGAGAGAAUACUAGAGGAAAUAGAGUUCAACAGCCUGCCCAACAGAGAUAAUCAUGUCAACAGUAGAUAAUAGUGUCCCAGCAAGAGGAAUGCACAGGCCAGGGAGAAUAAGUUUACUAUGUUGCAGAGGAGUGAAAGAGGACGUUGUGGCAGCUACCACUGGUAUGGUGGCUAGGCAGUUUUUCUGUUGGAGUUUGUACAUUUGCAAACCUCUCUCAAUGGAAGAUGGGCUGUGACCCUGAUGGAUUUGCUGCAGGAGGUCUGGCUUCCUUCCUCUCUACCCUACUUUGGAGGGCCUGAUCUGCUCAAUGGGCUGAAGAAAAACACUCAGUGCUGCCCUCCUCCUGCAGGUGAUAAGAAUUUACUCGUUUGAACCUUUGUUCUAAGACACUUGAAAGCACUGCUUCAGGCAGCGGGUCAAAGCUGAUAAAACAAAAAUGGCACACCCUUUAUCUGCACUUGUGUUGGAAAAAUCCUUUGUUGUUGAGGAGGAGAAGAAGAAGAAGAAGAAGAGGAGGAGGAGGAGGAGAGUGAAAAUGCCCUCUGUGGUGAUAGUGCAUAUUGUCGCUACAGACACAUAGAGAACAGUUCCUGAGAACUGCUAGCCGACCCAGGAACAAGUUUUCAAGGCAAAAUGAAUUUGAAAGGAAAGCAGCUGCUAAAACUGGGUUGAGGGAAAGCAGUCCAGAGCCCUGUGACUACUGCCUGGUAGCCACUAAGCAACCCAACUCAGCCUCUCUUCUCUUUUGUCUGCAGACAUUAUGAAAGUGUGUGCCUGCUGCUCCCCAGGUCCCAACUUCAGUUCUCUUUCAUCUUAUGAGGAGGACAGAGACUCUUCAUGGGAACUUGGCCUUGAAAGCACUUAAAGAAAACUAUUUUCAAAAGCAAGUCAUGUCCUGUACCCCCAAAUCUUCUAUCUAUGGAUAUAGUUUACAUUUUGAAUGUACACAUGAGAAGAGAUUAUUUUGGACAGUGUUGUUUACUGGAUCCUAAAUUUGAUAUAUCAGAGUGUGUGUGUGUGUGUGUGUAUAUACACAUACCUGUGAGAAUUUUUUUUUUGCACUUAAAAUAAAAAUAAUUUUAUGAUUUCUUAAGUGCCUAAUCUGAAUGAGGUGCUGAUGAAUAAUCUCUAGUAAUUUCACUUGCCUGUAAAGCACAAAGCAGAAAAAUAAAAACCCCAAAACAAUGAAAA